ACAAAACAAGAGAGAGAGAGAGAGAGAGAGAGAGAGAGAAAGAGUAUGUGCUUUCAAAUUUCUAAGCUUCAGAAUCUGCUCCUCUCUCUCUUCUCCACUGAUUUUUCUUCUGCAUCUCCAUUUUAGGGUUAGGGUUUUCCAUUUCUCCGUUAUUCGUUUUUUCCAAUCUAAUUUUUCAUGAUUUUGAGUGCAAAAUGGAGGCAGAGGAUGAAUACGAAAAGAAAGAGCGCGUGGCACUGGUGGUCAUUGUUGUUCUGGCUUCACUAGCCGUGGCUUCUUUGCUCGUUGCUUUCAGCUACUAUUGCUACAUCCGUAACAAGGUCUCCAAGAGUCUCAGAAACCACGCAAGAGCCGAGUAUGAAAACAAAGGUGGCUUUUCAAAUUCGCAAGUUGUUACAGAGAAAGGACUGCAUGUUUUCACUUUUAAGCAGCUACAUUCUGCAACUGGUGGUUUCAGCAAGUCAAAUGUGGUUGGGCAUGGUGGGUUUGGGCUCGUAUACCGAGGAGUUCUCAGUGAUGGAAGGAAAGUUGCAAUUAAGUUGAUGGAUCAGGCUGGAAAGCAGGGAGAAGAGGAAUUUAAAGUGGAGGUGGAAUUGCUAAGUCGGUUGCAUUCUCCAUUUUUGCUGGCAUUGCUUGGGUAUUGUUCAGAUAAUAAUCACAAACUGUUGGUGUAUGAGUUCAUGGCAAAUGGGGGGCUGCAGGAACAUUUAUAUCCUGUUAGCGGUUCUAAUGCUCUCUUCCUAAAGUUGGAUUGGGAAACAAGGUUAAGAAUAGCUCUCGAAGCUGCAAAGGGUCUAGAAUAUCUCCAUGAACAUGUCAACCCCCCUGUGAUUCACAGGGAUUUUAAAAGCAGUAACAUCCUUUUAGACAAAAAUUUCCACGCCAAAGUUUCUGAUUUUGGACUAGCAAAGCUUGGAUCUGAUAAAGCUGGAGGACAUGUUUCCACUCGAGUGUUGGGAACACAAGGAUAUGUUGCGCCUGAGUAUGCAUUGACAGGACAUCUUACUACGAAAUCAGAUGUGUAUAGCUAUGGGGUUGUCCUUCUGGAGUUGUUAACAGGCAGAGUUCCAGUUGAUAUGAAGAGACCACCUGGAGAAGGGGUUCUUGUUUCUUGGGCUUUGCCACAUCUGACAGACAGGGAUCAAGUUGUACAGAUCAUGGAUCCGGCAUUGGAGGGUCAGUACUCAAUGAAGGAGGUUAUUCAGGUGGCAGCAAUUGCUGCAAUGUGUGUUCAACCGGAGGCAGAUUACAGGCCGCUGAUGGCAGAUGUUGUGCAGUCCCUAGUCCCACUGGUGAAGAAUCACAGGUCAAUUUCAAGGGCAGCCAACUCUUCCAGUUUCCAUGCAACAAGGUCACCCACAGUACUUGAUUCUGGUAAAGCUGGUGUAUGAAACUAAUCUAAGACUAGGAUACUAGUAUGAUUCUGGUAAAGCUGGUGUAUGAAACUAAUCUAAGACUAGGAUACUAGUAUCUAUAUAUUUCUUUAUCUAACUUAGAUUUUCUGUGCCCUUUCAGACUGUUAGUAUAUAAAUUCUAGUCUCUAGCAUCUUUUAAUACAUAACAUUAUAUUGUCCUAGACGAGUAAUGCCUGUGCCUUGAAAGGACUAAUUUAAUCGACC